UUGGCUGACCGAGUUGCCGAAAAAAUAGAGGGCAUCCCCGGGGCUAAGGUUCCAAUCCGGCGAACGACACUACGGUGGCUCAAGCGCAAGGGAUUCAGCUCGGUCAAGCCCACAAUGAAGCCUGGCCUGAAAAAAGCCCAAAAGAUGAAAAGGCUUGAAUUCGUUAUGCAGGUUCGUAACUGGACCCUCGAAGGCUGGAAGAAAGUAGUAUGGAGCGACGAGACCUCUGUUGCACUCGGUGCAACGCGUGGAAAAAGGAGGAAGGAUUUGGCGCCGUGUGUGGGAAAAGAACUUCCACAGUUGCAUCUACCGUCGUUGGAAAGGCUUUAUGGCCUCUAUAUUUUGGGCCUGCUUUACCUGGGGGAAGAGAGGUCAUUAUUACUGUUGGCCAAGGAAUCAGCAAAGAUGAAGGAAAAGUAUAAGGAUAUGAUGGGUGUCUAUAACGAAAAGCAUGAAUCCGAAGACUAUGCUCAGUGGAAAGCGGAGACCGAGUUACGGCGGUUCAAUUUUAGUGAUAAGAAGAAGCCAGGUCGAAAGCCAAGCUGGAAAUACACCAAGGCGACUGGAAAGCAGGAGGGGGAUUUGAAAGGCGGGAUCGACUGGAGCAGUCAGUGGCGUACUUAUCCACAGGAAAAGCUUCGUCGUUUUGUAGAGAGAAUCCCUGGGCAUAUUGAGGGGUGAUCCGGCUGGCGGGUGGAAAUGAGCACAAGGAAGGGACUAGGCCGCCGCCUCUGGAGCCGAGAAAGGAAGAACCUGUUGACGUUAUUUGACGGGAAUGGUCGAAGAAAACAACGAAGGAAAAGCGGGUCAAAUUGGUAUAGGAAGAAGCCGACGACGACGA